GGCAGGAAGUCCCGCGCGGUCCCGCCCCCUCCUCCUCGUUCACCCCCCCGCCCGUCACGGCGGGGCGCGCUGUGAGACGGCGGCGAGAUCGCUCCUCCCCUCCCCUCCCCGGGCAUCGGCACCGGGAACCGGGAACCAACCGGGCACCGGGCAGCGGCACCGGCUGGCCCCGAGCCAUGGCUUGCAGCCUGAAGGAUGAGCUGCUCUGCUCCAUCUGCCUGAGCAUCUACCAGGACCCGGUGAGCUUCGGCUGCGAGCACUACUUCUGCCGCCGGUGCAUCACCGAGCACUGGGUGCGCCAGGAGCCUCAGGGCACCCGCGACUGCCCCGAGUGCCGCCGAACCUUCACCGAACCCACCCUGGCCCCCAGCCUCAAGCUGGCCAACAUCGUGGAGCGGUACAGCGCCUUCCCCUUGGAUGCCAUCCUGGGUGCCCAACGCAGCCCCUUCCCCUGCAAGGACCACGAGAAGGUCAAGCUCUUCUGCCUCACCGACCGCGCUGUCGUCUGCUUCUUCUGCGAUGAGCCCGCUGUGCAUGAGCAGCACCAGGUCACCAACGUGGACGACGCCUUCGAGGAGCUGCAGCGGGAGCUGAAGGAGCAGCUCCAGGGGCUGCAGGAGAGUGAGCGCGGUCACACCGAAGCCCUGCACCUCCUCAAACGGCAGCUGGCUGAGACCAAGUCCUCAGCCAAGAGCCUGCGGGUAACUAUCGGGGAGGCUUUUGAGCGGUUGCACCGGCUGCUGCGGGAGCGGCAGAAGGCGAUGCUGGAGGAGCUGGAGGCGGACACGGCGCGGACGCUGACCGACAUCGAGCAGAAGAUCCAACGCUACAGCCAGCAGCUCCGCAAGGUGCAAGAGGGCAGCCAGAUCCUCCAGGAGCGCUUGGCCGAAGCCGACAAACACGUCUUUUUAGCCGGCGUCGCGUCCCUUUCCGAGAGGCUGAAGGGGAAAAUCCAUGAGACCAACCUGACCUACGAGGACUUUCCCACCUCCAAAUACAUGGGGCCACUGCAGUACACCAUCUGGAAAUCCCUUUUCCAAGAUAUCCAUCCUGUGCCGGCAGCCCUGACGCUGGACCCCGGCACGGCUCACCACCGCCUCAUCCUCUCUGAUGACUGCACCAUCGUGGCGUACGGCAACCUACACCCCCAACCGCUGCAGGACUCCCCCAAACGCUUCGACGUGGAGGUCUCGGUCUUGGGUUCGGAGGCGUUCGGCGGCGGGGUCCACUACUGGGAGGUGGUGGUCUCCGAGAAGACCCAGUGGAUGAUCGGUUUGGCCCACGAAGCCGUCACCCGCAAGGGCAGCAUCCAAAUUCAACCCAGCCGAGGGUUUUAUUGCAUCGUCAUGCACGACGGUAACCAGUACAGCGCCUGCACCGAGCCCUGGACCCGGCUCAAUGUCAAGAGCAAGCUGGAGAAGGUGGGGGUCUUCCUGGACUACGACAAGGGGCUUCUCAUCUUCUACAAUGCUGACGACAUGUCCUGGCUCUACACCUUUCGGGAGAGGUUUCCCGGCAAGCUCUGCUCUUAUUUUAGCCCCGGGCAGAGUCACGCCAACGGCAAGAACGUGCAACCCCUCCGCAUCAACACCGUUCGCAUCUAACGGGGGCAGGGUGUUUGACGUGUGUGUGUGCGUGUCCCCCCCCCCCCCUUCCCCGCCACGGGUGUUUUCCCACUGUUCGGUGGAGGUUUGGGCUGAUCCUGUCCCAGGAGCUGCCCCAGCGCUGGGCAGGAUCUGGCCUUUUCCCCCCCCCGCCCUCCCCGUCCUCUCCCAGGAGGGUCCUGGCGCAGGGGGUUUGGGGUGUGGGGGGGGUCCGGGCUGCUGCAAUAAAUGGAUUUGGAGAGAA